AGAGUAUUGUAAUCAGAACAUGGACCUAUAAUAAUUGAACUCCUACUGAUCUUGGUACGUGCGGUAGUCGUACAUCCUGGAAUUGACUGGGAAAGUAUGUGUCAUGGAUGAUUUGUAAACAUUUAUUGCAAUAACACAAACAGUUAUUUCUUAUUCAGUAGCAGACUUGGAAAGACGAUUAUCACGAAAUGAAUAGUUCAGGAGGAGGGUUUCAGCCAGGCUCGGCAACAGCUAAUCCAUCGACGAAAGUGGAGCUCACUGUAUCGUGUCGAAAACUUCGAGAUAUGGAUGUGUUUUCAAAGUCGGAUCCAUUUUGUGUCUUCUACACUGUAAAUCCUCGUACAGGACAAUAUCAAGAAAGUGGACGUACGGAGACUAUCGAUAAUAAUCUAAACCCAGAUUUUGCUCGAAAGUUUGUUGUGGAUUAUUUUUUCGAACAACACCAGCCUUUGAAAUUUGAUGUUUACGAUGCAGACUCAAAAAGUAAUAAUCUAUCAAGCCAUGAUUUCAUCGGCUCAGCCCAGUGCACCCUGGGACAAAUUGUCGGAGCCCAGGGGUCAAGAUUGGUAAAAGAUCUUAGGAGCAAUCAAACUAAGUAUGGAACUAUUAUUAUCACUUAUGAAGAAUUGAGCUCCUGCAAGCAGGAUGAAGCCCAGAUGCAGUUUCAGGGCAUAAAGCUAGCCAAGAAAGAUCUUUUCGGUAAAUCUGACCCAUACCUCAUCUUCUAUCGCUGCAAUGAAAAUAUGAGUUUUACAGUGGCAUACAGAACAGAUGUUAUCAAGAAUACUCUGAAUCCAGUGUGGAAACCAUUCACGGUGCCUCUGAGAACUCUGUGUAAUGCAGACCUCGAUAGAACUAUCAAAGUAGAAUGCUGUGAUUGGAACAGAGAUGGCAGUAUUGAUUUAAUUGGUGAAUUCAAGACCAACAUGCGGAGGUUUAUUGAAGGAAGUCAAACAGAUAACAUAUAUAAGUUAACCAAAGAGAAGAGUAAGAAGAAGGGCAAGACAUAUGGUACUAUAUCACUAUUGAGCUGUCGGGUACAAAAAAUGUUUUCAUUCCUGGAUUACAUUCAAGGAGGGAUGGAGCUUAGUUUUGUGGUGGCCAUAGACUUCACUGCUUCCAAUGGUGCCCCACAAGCCCCAAAUUCUCUGCAUCACAUUAACCCUCAUAUUCCUAACCAGUACGAGCAAGCCAUCCAAUCAGUGGGCCUGAUCAUUCAAGAGUAUGACACGGAUAAGCUCUUCCCAGUAUUCGGCUUUGGAGCAAAGCUUCCUCCUGAUGGAAGGAUUUCCCAUGAUUUUCCCGUGAAUUUCAAUUACCAGAAUCCAUUCUGUGGUGGCGUUGAAGGAAUUCUGGGGGCAUACAGAAACUGUAUUCCUCAAGUGCAACUCCAUGGCCCCACCAACUUUGCACCAAUAAUUAACAGAGUCGCAAGAGAUGCAUCAGGAUUUAUGAAUGGUUCCAAUUUUUUUGUUUUAUUGAUAAUAACUGACGGUAUCAUCUCGGACAUGGAUUUUACUAAAGUUGCUGUUAUCAAUGCUAGCAAACUACCAAUGGCUAUCAUUAUCGUGGGAGUUGGUAAUGCUGAUUUUUCAGCCAUGGAAGAGCUGGAUUCUGAUGACAGUCUCUUAAGUCAUGGAAGCAUAGUGGCAGACCACGAUAUUGUUCAGUUUGUACCAUUUAAUGAAAUUGUUCACCGCUCAGGCAACAGAGAUAUGGGGGCAAUCCAAGCUCAACUUGCUAAAGAAGUAUUAGCGGAGAUUCCAGACCAGAUAGUUACCUGGACAAAAUUACAUGGUAUAAAGCCGAGUACCCGGCCCCCUCCCUAUUGUGCUGUACAGAGUGGCUCAGUGUAAACACACUAAUUCAUAAUCUUAGAUCAAAAAUGAGGUGGGUGUUCAAAUCUGUCUCUCUGUAUUUUUCGCUUGUGUCUGUUGGUAAGGCACAGUGUCUACCUGUCUCUCUUCACCCAAGAACAACAAGGGAUAGCUGGUGGUUUGUUGUGAAUUGGAAUUGUAUCACUACUCUGCAAGAAAUUCUCUUUUGAAAGCAGAACAUUUUGAAUGUUGGGAUGUGUGCCAUAUUGAAUCCAAUGAACAGGGUAAUAACAUUUAGUCCAUUGUAAAUAAUUUUUUGUUGUUAUGCUGGCAGGCAUGGCAACUAGUAGAUAAUAUACAGUCAGAAGCAACAUAAGCAGUCUAGGCAACCAGCUACGUAACCUCUUCCAGCCAUGCAUAGUUGCAAGAUCGUGGAUGUUACCACUAGUAUUACUGUCAACUAGUUGAAUUAAAUCGUUUUUUAAAGGUGGCAUAAACUUAUCUUAACUAGCCACUAUUGAAUUUUAUAAAUCUGUUUUAUAUAUUAUUAUUAAAUUAAUCAUUUUUAAGGAAUAAAAAGCAAAAUUUAUGGUGUAUAGAUGACAAUUUCUCUUUUGUAAAGGCUAUAUAAAAUGAAUGGAGCACUUUCUCAGAACAUUUGAAUGUCUAUCAGAGCAGUCUUUAACAACUGCUUCAUGGUAUUGCAGCUUGGUCAUUUAUGCUAUAAGUUUCCCUCGCUUGAAGGUCGUGCUGGGUCUGGCCAGGUGAGGAUGAUAUUAGAUCAUUGUAUCAUGUCUUUAUCCCUGCUCAUGGGUAUAACUUUGUUUAUUCUUAUGUGUAAUGUUGCUUUUGUCUGCCAUUGUGUUUUGAAUCCCUGCUAGUACAGUAUAUUAGCCUUCCAAUUUGGUUAAUGAUCAAAGGGCGGAUUUAGAGGAGGGACCAGACCCUUUGGAAAGUUAAAAAAGAAAGAAAAAAAGGAAAAAGAAAUAAUUGAUUAGCUAAAAUGCCUCAGAGGUUAUUUUCGGGCGUUUAGAAAACAACAAAUUUGUGGGGGAUUGCCCCUAGAUAAGUAUUGUCUUGAUCGCCCCCACUUUCAGACAUCUCUUAAUCCGCCCCGAUGAUUGUGUUGCAUUGAGUGGUCAGUGAUAACAAAAUAUUUCGAUCUAAUAUCAGAGAUCUUUAUCAACUGACUUCUAGUUAAUAUUGUGGCCUAGUAUAAUGACAUCUUUUCUAGCAAAGAAGCUAAAGCGUAAAGCCAGACAAACAAGCAAAUCAUCAACAUAAGAGCGAUAAAGCCACACAUGAAUUCUCUAAUCUGUACAUUGACUUAAUACAGUCCUCACCUUGCUGGGAACCACACAACCUCUGUCUUGAAACCUGAUGAAAUUCUUUCAAGAUUUAUUUAUUGUGGAAAUUGUGUGUGGAGAAAAAACUUUUUCAUUGUGAAUAGUGGCCUUUGAUACUUUGUUGGUACAAAUUUUAUUUAAUUUUAUUAUAAUCUUUUAAAAUUUAACAUCAAAAGAAAUGAUUUGGAAGAAAUAACUUGGUUUUAAUUAAUUGUGUAUCUAACUUAAUGUAUUCGAAAUGGUUUAAUGCAAUAAAUACAAUACAGUUUUUUUUGGUUUUUUUUAAUCAUAAAUGAACAAAAAUGCCUUUUGUAUUGAAAAGUUGUGUAUAUAUAUUCUUAGAUUAUAUAAUAAUAAGAGAUUUUUGUAGCUUAGUAUGGCCCAAAAUUGUGUGGAGAUUUGGAUUGUUCAGGCCUGUUUGACAGGAUUAAAGAGUGCCACUGCUGGUAAUAAUGUCAUUAACAUAUGUUUCUUCUUGUAUAAAGGAGAAGAGGAGUUGCAUGUUGUCUCAUGUCAUUGCAGGUUUCCAUUUACCAAGGUAAUAAUGUAAUUUCCUUGGCAAUUUUUGUAUAAAGCAGUAUACAGUAUAUAAUGUAAUAUGUAAAGUUAAAUAAAUACAUUGUGCCAUACAUGCACAAACUUGUAAUGUUUUACCAUGUCUGCUGAUUAAUCUUAAAUGAGAUAAUUCGUGUUGUACAUAAUAAUUAACAAAUACGAUAGACUCCAGUUAUAGACAUGCCAUCAUGUUGACGUGCUUGAAUUUUUAAAAGCAUUUGAGGGUCUGUUAGAGAAUAUAGAUUAUGUUACAUAAACAAGUUCAGGAUUUUCAAUUUCAUUAGUAAUAUACCAUGGAUAAAUGUUAGCCUGUAAUGAUAUGUGAUGUCAAAUGUCACAUUUUCUAAAAGAUAAUAUAAAAUUGUGUAUGCCUCAAAUAGCUGAAAAAAUUUAAAUUGAACAAAAUGUAAUUCUACUGGAGUGGAACAUAAAACAAUGUGUUGAGAAUGAUGUUGCUUCCAUUAGAUUUGUUUAAAUUUUGGUGGGGGGGUAUUCGAUGGAGGCGUUUAUUCCAAAUAAGCCUCUAAAGAGGGUGUAUAUUCAAAGUGGGGCGCAGUGGCGUAACGAUGGGGCCGGCGCCCUGUGGCUUUCUGAAACUGGGGGCCCAUUUUGGUCUCCGCCGUCACUGGGUAUAAUAUGAUAUAUGCUCUACAGUCGAUUUCAGAGAAACAUUAUGGUGUUAUGUAUGAACAAAGUCCUUUUUGGUCAGGUGCUAGACGAACCUAUGGGUAGGGCCCCUUCGGGGCCCUUACUAGUCGGAGGCCAGCGGACCGCUAAAUGAGAGCGUAUAGGCGUUACGCCACUGGCGGGGCGUUAUCUAAGUAAAUACGGUAAAAGGAAUUAUUUUGUAAUAUCUGAAUGAGUUUUGUUAAUACAGUAUUAGUGUUUUAUAUUACAGUAUCACUCAUCCCAUAGAUUCAUAUACUUUAUACUGUAUCAUUUAUCUUGCCUAAAGUACUUUCCUAUGUGGUUCUAUUUUUUUGGGUUUUUUUAAAGUGUUAUCUCUUAAUUGACAAGUACAGUAAUCGUAUUUUGUAUAUCUGUAUUUUUAAUAUUAAAUAUAUUUUGUCAUUUUAUUUUA